AUGCUGACGCCGGCCGCGCUCAAGGACGAGCCACAGACCGUGGCCGACGUGGCGAGCUUCGGCGACAGCCCGCCGUCGUGACCCGUCGACCCAGACACGCAGGAGUGCGAGCGGCUGCGUAACCGCAUCGCCGCCUGCAAGCGUCGCAAGCGCAAGCUGGACUGCAUCCUGCGCUCAGGGGAGAAAGUGAAGACGCUCAAGAGCCAAAACACCGAGCUGGAGUCCACGGUGCGCCUGCUGCGCAAACAGGUGGCGCAGCGCAAACGGAAGGUCCGCGGCCACGUUUACUGCGGCUGCCCGCUUAGCACCAGCGGCGGCCGCACCCAGCCUGUGCGCGGGGCGCAUGCGCGGUCCCCUGCCCGAGGGGCGGGCUCGCCGGGGGAAGCAGAGGUGGAGGGCACGGACUCGGAGAGGGUGGGGACGUCCCCCGAGGAUACCCGGGACUCAGAGGGCGCCCCGGACUCGUUUCUGGUAACCAAUGUUCUACUCUCAAGCCAGAGUCUCAGCCCUGCUCCCGACAGCUUUGAUGAAGGAUCUGGGCUGAAGGCUCAGGGAACAUAG